AUGGAGUCCGGCGGCGGCGCCAGUGGCGGCGGCGGCGGCGGGGAUGACCAGCUGCACGGCCUCAAGUUCGGCAAGAAGAUCUACUUCGAGGACGCCGCGGGCGGCUCCAGCAGCGGGAGCAGCGGAGGCGGUGGCGGUGGCGGUGGCAGUGCCAGUGCCAGCGCGACCGCGGCUCCAGCCACGCAGCAGCCGUCGCCGCCGGCCGCUUCGCCCAGGGCCGCCGGCGGCGGCGGCAGGAGGGGCAGGGCCGCGGCCGGCGGCGCGGGCCCCUCGCCGGCGCCCGCGCCCGCGCGCUGCCAGGUCGACGGCUGCAACGUUGACCUCACCGACGUCAAGCCCUACUACUGCCGCCACAAGGUCUGCAAAAUGCACUCCAAGGAGCCCCGCGUCGUCGUCAACGGCCUGGAGCAGCGCUUCUGCCAGCAGUGCAGCAGGUUCCACCAGCUGCCUGAAUUUGACCAACUAAAAAAAAGCUGCCGCAGACGUCUUGCAGGCCACAAUGAACGCCGGAGGAGGCCACCUCCUGGACCUCUUGCAUCACGAUAUGGUCGCCUUGCUGCAUCAUUCGGUGAAGAGCCCGGCAGGUUCAGAAGCUUCAUGUUGGAUUUUUCAUACCCAAGGGUUCCAACCACCAUGAGGGAUGGGUUUCCAGCAGUUCGACCUGGUGAAAGGGCGCCUGGUAGUAUCCAGUGGCAAGCGAGCUUAGAUCCUCAUCAUCAUCAAAGCGCGGUCGCAGGAUACGGUGCCCACUCAUAUGGGAGCCAGGGUAGCUCGUCGUCAAGGCCACCGGUGUUCCCUGGUCCGGAGCUCCCCCCAGGUGGAUGUCUUGCAGGAGUCCCCUCGGACUCUAGCUGUGCUCUCUCUCUUCUGUCAACUCAGCCAUGGGAUACUACCCACAGUGCCGGCCACAGCCAUGCUGCAUCAAUGCCUGCAACAGCAGGUUUUGACGGCAACCCUGUGGCACCCUCCCUCAUGGCGAGUAGCUACAUUGCGCCAAGCCCCUGGACUGACUCCCGGGGCCAUGAAGGCGGGCGGAACGUGCCUCAGUUGCCACCUGACGUCCCCCUCAGCGAGGUGCACUCAGGCUCAAGCAGCCAUCAUGGCCAGUUCUCAGGUGAGCUCGAGCUUGCCCUGCAGGGAAACAGGCCAGCGCCAGGGUCAGCGCCAGCGCCGCGCAAUGAUCAGGGCUCCACGGGCACGUUCGACCAGUCCGGCAACACAAUGGGCUGGUCGCUCUAG